UGUUGUCCUAAGAUUAAUAUUUAGCAAAUAAUAAACUACUUUCGUGUUAUACAAAGAUGUGUCAUUGCAUUUUUCACAAAUGCAGUAUUGUUCUUAUCAUUAAUAUGAUAAUUUACUUUUUUGCUUCAUUGUAUAACUCUUUUUAUUGGGGCAACUAAAUUUUAGAAUUUAGGUGAUUUAAAUCACAAGUAGUUGAUAGUGAGACAUAAUCACUAGUCUGGAUUACCUGCCCUUUGUCUAAACAAAGAGUCAGGCACAAACCAAAUAAUGGCGGCGGCGAUGGAAACGAUGGAUCACAACUACAUUAGAGCCCAAAAUAGGCUGCCUGGUUUCCAGGUAAUAGAAAUGCGAUCUGGACCGGACCACUCCUAUGUCAGACACAAAGACUCUACCCCUCAGAAACGGGGAAGUAAACGAAACUUAUCGACUCCAACAGGAAAGACACCUAAACAUGAAAAUAAACGGAUUGAACUGGAUGAACGAAUCAAGCAUAAUAGAUGGUCGGCUGAUGAGAAGUCUUUCUUGAGGGAAUACAGCCAGGCGUCAACAAGAGGAGAAUCUGAAAAUAGUUUCUGGAACAAUUGUGCGACAGCCAUGAACAAGAAGUUUGGUGGAAAAAACAGAACAGGAAAAUCUUGUAAGAUGGCAGCUUGGCGGUUGAGCCUUACCAGUACAUCUAGCAACACAGCAUGUACCUCUUCAGCUGCUGAAGAUUUUGGAGAUUUUACACAGCUGCCGGAGACAAACGGUUGUGAUGUGGGAACACAGACUGAGUGGUCUUUCAAUAGAAAGAAUAGGACAAGCAAGCAAGAUUGGAUAUUCUUUGAGCCACGAAAAUAUCUGCAGGGGACAAAGAGCAAGUGUGCUGAGACGUUAAAUACUGCUGCACUGAGACGUCUAAGGACCUAUUCAGAGCUAAAGGAAGAGGACAUACAUGAGAUCAUAAAAAAAUUAUGUUCCAGCUCUUCACAUGAAGUUGCAGCCCACCUGUUGUCGUCACCCUUGCGAGGAAGUAUUAUUGUGGAACUUCUGAAUGAAAUUGAAUUUGCAGCAAAAGAAUGCUGCAACAAGGAAAGUGUUUUGGCCCAAAAGGAAUUCUGUGACUUGACUGAUUUUAACUGGCAUGAACUCAUUGGUGAACUUCUUGAACAACAACCAUUGCUAGCUGAUGUUCUCUUGGCAGUGUCACUACCAACAUCAAAAAUAGGGAAUACCAACAGUGUUCAUAAACUUAUACCGGUUUUAUCAACUGUGUUUGGAAUGCUGAUGAAAACCAGAUACCAAGAGCUGUCUUUAGUUCAGAAGAUCAUUGCAAUGACUUUGGCUAAUGAACAGACAAGCCAAAAAGUAAAUUGUGUUACAAGUAUGUUUUGUUGCCUUCAGACAUUGUGUUAA